AUGGGAGCCGCUCCUUCCCAGCAGAACACCAAGGAGCGGCGCUGUGAGGGCAUCUCGGCCGUGCUGGUGACCCCUCCAGCCAGACAAGUCCUGGGGCUCAGAGGUCUCCGAGCCAUCAGGCUGGGCCCCUGCACAAUCGAAGCGUUCCUCCGAGCUCCGCACCAGUGGAGGCAGCAGCUGGCCAUGCCUCCAGCGAAUGCCACCUCCCCUGCCUUCCAGGCCGCUAUGCUCCCGCCCCACCCUGUGCUAAGGCGACCCUGGGUCCUCCGAGAGGGCACUGCAGCUCGGGAGACACAUCCAUCAGCAGAGCCUGCCGGUGGCGUCCGUGCUGCCUCCGCCUGGCUAGACCAGCCCGCGAGGGAGCGCUCCUGGAGGACCGGGGACGGCCGUAGCGGCGGGGGGGAGAGUCGGGAAGAGUGGCAGCUGGGACAGCGGCAGGGCCUGCGCGGCUGCGGGGAGGGAGCGACGGACCGAAGCGAACGCCUGGAUCUUGCUCCUCAAGUCCGUCGCGCGGCGCGCGGCGUCUGCCGGCGGCCGGAGGAGCUGGGCCGAGUGGACGGCGACUUCCUGGAGGCGGUGAAGCGGCACAUCUUAAGCCGCCUGCAGAUGCGGGGCCGGCCCAACAUCACGCAUGCCGUGCCCAAGGCCGCCAUGGUCACUGCCCUGCGCAAGCUGCACGCCGGCAAGGUGCGCGAGGACGGCCGCGUGGAGAUCCCGCACCUCGACGGCCACGCCAGCCCGGGCGCCGACGGCCAAGAGCGCGUUUCUGAAAUUAUCAGCUUCGCCGAGACAGAUGGCCUCGCCUCCUCCCGGGUCCGCCUGUACUUCUUCAUCUCCAAUGAAGGCAAUCAGAACCUGUUUGUGGUCCAGGCCAGCCUGUGGCUUUACCUGAAACUCCUGCCCUAUGUCCUGGAGAAAGGCAGCCGGCGGAAGGUGCGGGUCAAGGUGUACUUCCAGGAGCAGGGCCACGGCGACAGGUGGAAUGUGGUGGAGAAGAAGGUGGACCUCAAGCGUAGCGGCUGGCACACCUUCCCACUCACAGAGGCCAUCCAGGCCCUCUUCGAGCGGGGUGAGCGGCGACUCAACCUGGAUGUGCAGUGUGACAGCUGCCAGGAGCUGGCCGUGGUGCCAGUGUUUGUGGACCCUGGCGAGGAGUCGCACCGACCGUUUGUGGUGGUGCAAGCACGGCUAGGGGACAGCAGGCACCGUAUUCGCAAGCGAGGCCUGGAGUGCGAUGGCCGGACCAACCUUUGUUGCAGGCAACAGUUCUUCAUCGACUUCCGCCUGAUCGGCUGGAACGACUGGAUCAUCGCGCCCACCGGCUACUAUGGGAACUACUGUGAGGGCAGCUGCCCAGCCUACCUGGCCGGAGUCCCCGGCUCUGCCUCCUCCUUCCACACGGCUGUGGUGAACCAGUACCGCAUGCGGGGCCUGAACCCGGGCACGGUGAACUCCUGCUGCAUUCCCACCAAGCUGAGCACCAUGUCCAUGCUGUACUUUGAUGACGAGUACAACAUUGUGAAGCGGGAUGUGCCCAACAUGAUUGUGGAGGAGUGCGGCUGCGCCUGACUGUGGUGGGGCAUGAGGACAGUCCCGGACGGGCUUCUCCCAGCCCCUACGGGAACAGGGUGCGCAGCGGGCUGAGCAGGUCGUUGUUGGGCUGCAGAGAUGGUGCCAGGCUGAGGCCUGAGAUAUUUUUCUACUACUUCAUAGAGUAACCAGUUAAAACCAGACCAAGAGCCCUCAAUUGACAUGAAAUACUUUUAAAUGCACAUGUAGCCACGCACAGCCAAACGCAUCCUGCCACCCACUCAGCAGCCUCCAGGAUACCAGCAAAUGGAUGUGGUGAGAAAUGGCAGCUUAGCUACAAAUGCCUGUCAGCCAGAGAGAAUGGGGUGAGCGGCCACCAUUCCCACCAGCUGGCUGGCCACUCUGAAUUGCGCCUUCCGAGCACACAUAAAAGCACAAAGACAGAGACACUGGGGGAGAGAGAGAGAGCCACGGAGAGGGAAGCAGAUGCAGGGUAGGGGGUGCGCAGGCAGGAGGAGGAUUGCAUCCCCCCUGCCUUGUCCCAGGCCUGCUCUGUCUCAGCAUCUCCUGGCUCAGAUGUGCCCGCUCCCUCCCCCGGGGACCCUUCGUGCUGCCAGACCUGGGGAACUGGUCCUUCUACACCCCUGU